AUGGCUCCCGGAUACAAGAUGGUCAACGUCCACGAGGAGGAGUACGACGAAGAGACCCUCUUGCGAUCCCCAGUCGAACCAUCAAACAAUCGUCUUGGACAGCCGCAUGUCCCUCACUCUCCGCCACCCUCAUUUCACUCCCGCUCCUCGUCUCCGAACCGACGCAAUGGCACCGUCGAUGCAGCACUCGCAGAUGCAUUUGAUGAUGACGAUAGCGACGACGAGGCUGAUGACCGACAACGCCUCGUGCGACAGAACUCCACCCCAAGCGUCGCGCCGCAAGCUUCUAGUUCGCAAUCUCGCACAGGCCACAGUCUAGCACAACCUUCAACAGCACCAGUGAUUCGGUCACCAAGAAUUGUAGGCGGCGGGUCGGGAACGGACGGAGUGUUUGCGAAUAUGUCGGCCAGACCCGAGAGAACGGAAUCAGAGAAGGAUGAGCAACCACCCACAUACGAACAAGCCGCUGCCGAUGCAGUCCCUCCUUACUGGGAAACCACAAUCUUAGCACCAGGACUAGGCGGAUUCGACGAAGUCUUUGUUGAUGGUCUCCCUGUUGGCUCCGUCUUCUCGUUUAUUUGGAACGGUAUCAUUUCAGCCGCGUUCCAGCUGGUCGGUUUCCUUCUCACAUAUCUCCUCCACUCGACACACGCAGCCAAGAACGGAUCGCUUGCGGGCCUUGGUGUCACACUCAUCCAGUAUGGCUUCAAGAUUAAGAGCGGCCCCGGCGAUGCACCCAACAUGGGCGGUCCUGACGGAUACGCUGCGCCCCCGGACCCGAACUCGCACAACUUCCAGGCACAAGAAGUCACAGAAGGCCGAGGGCGCGGGCUGGGGGACAUCACCGGGAGCGAGUGGAUGGCAUAUGUUCUCAUGGUUGUUGGAUGGUUCAUUUUGAUUAAGAGCAUCGCCGAAUUCAUGAAGGCAAGGAGACAUGAGAUGUUGGUUCUUCAGAGUCCUGAUCGUGGGCUGGGCAUUCCGAUUAUUGCUGAUGGCGAGUCAUCCGAGCGAGCGGUAUGA